GGCCGCCAGAAAAGUUUUAGGGCGAGAGCAGCUACCGUUAUGACGCAUCUCAGAAAACAGGGGUCUUGUGGGGUCUCGUCAAUCGGAACUGCUUGGUUUGUCAGCCGCCCAACGCUGAUUGAUGCACGGCGGCGGUGUUCGCAUUAGCUGCGGAAGUAUAUUCGCUGCUUUUUCCUUUUCAACCUCAAGCCUUUGCAACGGGAGUUUUAAACGACACCCACGAUGCCGUCAAACAAGUUAUCACGAGGCUUCGCGCCUCUAGUAUCCAACGCUACACGAUUGAUCAAACCUGCGACAUGUCUGCGCGUCCAACAAACUGCAGCGGCAAUUAGACAAGCGCACACUACCACCUCCCCCAACACUACGAGCAUCCGAACUACACGCCUCCGCCCCCGUCUCCAGCCAGCCCAGGCCCGGCAAUCACCCUUCCUCCCGCGCACCGCCCGCCGCACGAUCUUCAUCCAGACCGAAAAUACCCCCAACCCAGACGCGCUCAAGUUCCUGCCCAACCACCGGGUGCUGCCCGAGGGCAUCUCAACGCCCUUCAUCGAGUACCUCUCGCCGCGCUCGACCAUCGCGCCGCCAUACCCCUCGCCGCUCGCAGCGCAGCUCAUGAACAUCGACGGCGUGACGUCCGUCUUCUACGGCACCGACUUCAUCACGGUGACCAAAGCCGCCGACGCCAACUGGGCGCACAUCCGGCCCGAGGUGUUCGCGCUCAUCACCGAGGCCAUCACGUCCGGGCAGACCAUCGUCAACGUGAGCGAGCGGACCAAGGAUCAGGGGGCAGCGGCGGGUGCCCAGCAAAGUAACGAGGGGGCGGAGUCGGACGACCAGGACAGCCUCGCGUACGACGAGAACGACAGCGAGGUUGUGGGCAUGAUCAAGGAGCUGCUCGAGACGCGGGUGCGGCCGGCGAUUCAGGAGGACGGGGGAGACAUUGAGUUUCGCGGGUUUGAGGAAGGCUAUGUCCUGCUGAAGCUGCGCGGGGCGUGCCGGACGUGCGAUUCGAGCACGGUGACGUUGAAGAAUGGGAUUGAGGGCAUCGUGCUGACUGUCUCAACAGAUCGAAGAGGUGAAGGGUGUGCAUCAGGUGUUGGACCAGGAGGAGGAAAUUGCCAUGAAAGAGUUUGCCAAGUUUGAGGAGAAGCUCAAGGCGCAGAAGGGUGAGGUACCGCCUUCAGCACCGCUAGAUACGAUCUCUGGUUGAGCUUGCCGGCUGUGCCAGGGGCUUGUAUCAAUUCGACACCAAGUAGGAUUCUCUCGAGAGAUGGCAUGCCACGGCGUGCUCUUAGUACUAGAUACGCAAAGCAGCCUAAAUAUCCCUGGGCGGUUCUUUAACCUUGAGCGUAUAUGGCUUGUAUCUCGCCGAGACACCUGUCUCAUACUACUACCUGCUAAUAUACAAUACAAAGCGCCGUUGAGCAUCAUGUCCGCAAC